ACGAAGGAAAGCUGCUUGUUUGUCAUGUCCGCAGCCGGUAAGAUAAAGGGCGGAAUUGAGGGAGAGAUGCAGCCGGCGGGUAGACGGGCAGGUUUCGUAAACACCUUGAGACGUUCUGAAGCAGAAUAACAAGCUACCUGUUCCUCGCUGGUAUCUGUGGGCGGCAGUUACCCCGAUCCGCGUUCCUCGGUGAGAGGCCCGGAUUAACGGCCGCCAUCUUGUGCAGCAGGGCGCAUGCGCGGACAUCCCUGUCCCUGUCAGCAGGAAGAGAGAAUAUUGUGAAAUUCUAUCCUGGACUGAUAGGGAUGGAUUUUGGAAACUAUCUUUACAGUGGGUUAGAAGGGGAGGAUUUGCACACAGCAAACUCAAAUCAAGAGAAAUGUUUGUCCCUUCUCAGUUUCCAUCCUGGAUUUAUAGUGAUGGUUAUUGUAAAUUUACAGGACACUGGCAAUGGAGGAUUGACAGACUCAAUCCAAACAUCUGACAGAGUCAUUCUAUUCAUCAGAGCCUGAAUAUCACCAACGUUUGAAUGUAGAAGUGAAACAGCUUGUCUGUAGGCAAAGAUUUCAGAGACUCUUUUCCGUGUCCCAGCUCCUGUAAAUACUGACGGGAAAGGGACCGGAAUCUCCGGAGGCUCCACACCGCUGGCUGCUUGUGAGGAAGUGAACUCCAAUCAGAUUAAUGUGCUUCUGCUGGGAUUAGAAGGGGAGGAUUUGCAGUCAGGAAGCAGAAACAAAACAUCACCCAAUUUAUCGUAACCUGAAUAUCAUUUGAUUUUGAACAUGGAAAGAGAAACCACCAUUCACAUCGCAGAGAAACCGUACACGUGCUCUGUGUGUGGACGAAGCUUCAACCAAUCAUCUGGCCUGUCAAGACACAAACACAGCCACACCAGGGAAAAACCGUGGAAAUGUGGGGACUGUGGGAAGGGAUUCAGAUUCCCGUCUGAGUUGGAAAUACAUCGGCGCAGUCACACAGGGGAGAGGCCAUUCACCUGCUCCACGUGUGGGAAGGGAUUUACUCUUUCAUCCAACCUGCUGAGCCACCAGCGAGUUCACAGUGAAGCGAGACCUUUUAAAUGUCCAGACUGUGGGAAAUGCUUUAAAAGUUCCUGGGAGCUGAUGUACCAUCAGUGUGUUCACACUGACAAGAGACCAUUUAAAUGCUCUCACUGUGGGACUGGGUUUAGGCGAUCAUCUCAACUCAUUGUACACCAGCGAAUUCACACUGGGGAGAGGCCAUUCACCUGCUCCACUUGUGGGAAGGGAUUCACUCAUUCACCCCACCUGCUGAGACAUCAGCGAGUUCACACGGGGGAGAGACCAUUCACCUGCUCCACUUGUGGGAAGGGAUUCACUCGGUCAUCCCACCUGCUGACACACCAGCGAGUUCACACUGGGGAGAGGCCAUUUAGCUGCCCCCAGUGUCGGAAGGGAUUCACUCAGUUAUCUAGCCUGCUGAGACACCAGCAAAUUCACACUGGGAAGAGGCCGUUUUCCUGCCCUCAGUGUGGGAAGAGAUUCACUACCUCAUCUAACCUGCUGACACACCAGCGAGUUCACACUGGGGAGAGACCAUUCACUUGCCCUCAGUGUGGGAAGAGAUUCACUACCUCAUCCAACCUGCUGACACACCAGCGAGUUCACACUGGGGAGAGACCAUUCACCUGCGCCCAGUGUGGUAAGAGAUUCACUCAUUCACCCCACCUGCUGAGACACCAGCAAAUUCACAAGUAACGACAGUGACGGGAUUUUGCUGUUCAUCACAUCUAGGACUGAAUCAUGUUUAGUGGGGCCUGUUUCUGCUGAUGUUAAUAAACUACAGCCCACUUACAGGGUCUAAUCUGGCGAAAAGUCAAAUAAAUUAGUUUUGUGUUAAA